AUAAUAUUUAAGUUUCAAAUGGAUAAGUUGAAAAAGAGCCCUGCUGAGCUUCUCAAGAAAGUCCAGAUCGAACUAGUUGAAAAGGAAUGUCUCAAUAGAGUUUUCGAAUGGCUUUCCUCUCAAGAUCCUAAGAAAGCAGAAGAUGAGGAUGAUGAAGAUUCUAAAAAGAAAGAGGACCUGAAGAAGAAAAUUACUUUGAAUGAUCUCACAAGAGCUCUCAGAAAGAUGGGAUGAGCUCCUACAAAAUCAGAAAUCAAGAAUAUGAUCUGGGAAGUUGACGAUGACCUCGAUGAGAUGAUUAGUGAAGAAGAGUUUUUGACAAUCUAUAAGAGAUGAAUAUCAGACGAAACUGGCCUUGAGCCAAGAAAAUUCUUCAACCUUGUCCAAUUCCUCAUGUAUGACAAAGACUUCAGAGGUAGAGUAACUGUGGAAGAGACUCUUCAAAUUUUGUUUGUCAGACAUGGAAGAGAACAACUUGAUACUGAGAUUGAAGCUAUUUUUGGAGUUGACGAGAGACAACAAGAUGAAGAAGAAAAGGAAAUAACUUAUCAGGAAUAUGUAGAAAAGGUUAAUGAGAGAGCCCUAAACGAGCAGAAAAGACUCCUUGAUGAUAAAAGAAAAGGUAAACUCAAGGGACUUCAGAAAGAAGACUAAUUACAGCAAACCAAUCACAGGAUUUUAUUCAACUUAUUUCAUUUU